CUCUCUCUUUCUGAGAGGGAUUGUAUGACAGCUUUUGCUGCUGCUGGCAGAGAGAGUGGAGACCGUGAGGGAGAGGGAAAGUCUGUUAUUCAGAGCAAGCUGCCACCUCUUCCCUAUAGGUUUCUCUACACCCUCCAGGACUGGAGAACAGCAGUAGUCACACACAGGGAAUCGGCAAGAUUGACAAAGUCAGGAUUUGCUUGUUGUGUUGAUUUUCCCAACCUGGAGGCGAGAAGUGGACUGUUUUGACUGAGGCUAGCAUUGAGCCUUACCUUAUCUUGGCAGGAAUUAACUUUCCUAAGAGGACACUUUGACAGUACUACUUACUUGGGCGGCCAAAUGAACUGUUCGGCCUGAGGAGCGAAGGGCACGAGCAUAGAUCCAGAGAGACAGAGAGAGAGGGGUAGCUCAAUCAUUCAGCAAACCUCUCCACUUCCAUCAUGAGCUGGGACUGAAUAGUUACGUCUACAGCUUCAUUUUAUGGUGUAAGCAAAGGCUACUGGACAUAUCGUCAGCAUGGACGCAAAGAGGAAAGAGAUGGACCUCCUGAGCAACAGCAUAGCUGCCUACGCACACAUCAAAGAGAACCCAGAGAGCUUUGGGCUGUACUUUGUGAUCGGGGUUUGUUUCGGCCUGGUCCUCACCCUCUGCCUCCUGGUCAUCCGGAUCUCCUGCAAGCCCCGCACCAACAUCCCGGCCUCCACGCCCGAGAAGAAACACUUAAAGGACUUCAGUGAGGACGAAUGUGAUGAAGAUAGCGAGGAUGAGGAUGAGGAAGAGGAGGGUGACGUCGAAGCACCUGCCCCCCUGCCCACCACAGAGAUUCCCAUUGGCAACCACCACAACCACAGCCAAUCGGACGGGACACUGAGCGUUAACGUGUUCACGUCGGCCGAGGAGCUAGAGCGGGCACAGCGAUUGGAGGAGAGGGAGCGAAUCAUACGGGAGAUCUGGAGGAAUGGGCAGCCUGAUAUCCUAGGUUCAGGAACAGGCACUAUAGGUCGGGUGCACUACUACUAACGUCCAGUACUACGGGGCCACUGAAUGGACAUACUAUAUAGAACUAUGGUGCUAUGGAAUCAGGGGGUACACGAUGGUCCACACCCGCCAAAGACAGAUUCCCAUGAGGGGUGUCACUCAUGCUGUUGUAUACAGACAGGUCACAAGUGGCGUGCUACUUCGAUCUGGGAUGUAUUCAGUGAUGUGAAAUGUUCUGAACGUUGCAGAUAGAAAUAUAAUGAAUAGAGCUGACACAAUUCACUAUUCUACCUGAAAGACAAAUAUGUCUGUUCUGCACGAUAAGUUUCUAUCUGAACAUUCUGUAACGUGACAUCCCUCUAAACAGGCCCCUGAAGUGUAAGUCUUGACUCUAUCACUAUGUGAUAGUGGUGUGCUGUGUGAAUGUAGUUCCCCCAUCAACAUUUGUCACCUACUACCACUGCCAUAAUGGAGUUAUACCACAAGGCGCCUUUGAGACCAGUUCUGCUGCUUUGUGAUUUAGGCAUGUGAAUGGGAACAUUUAUCAUAAUUGGAGUCUACAGUGUAGAGAGAUGCCUGAAUAAAGUAUUGCCCUUAGAAAAACACAAAGGGAGUAGGGAAGGACUAAUACAGCCAUUGACAAAUAGCCAGAGAUACUGUAGGGAGUAGGGACCAAGUAUUUUGCAAUGAGAGGUCACUUCCUUUUGUUUGCUAUGGGGCCAUGUUUCCCUCAACACUGGUGAGUUUACAGCGGGACAGCGCCGUGAGCUGUUUGUCAUUAUAUUAGGAAAUGAUCCUCAAUGCUUUAGAGUGGUCUUGGAACCUUCUGUGAGGAAAUAGCUUUGCCUAAGUAAGAAAAUAGAAAUAGAUUCGGUGGGACCAUUUUUCACCUGAUGUCAAGUCAUUUUGGAAUUGGACUGCUCAGUUUGCUCAGUUUAAGGACACAGUUUUAGAAUGUUUGCAGAACCAAUUACACUAGGGGAAAUUAAGUAAUUAAAGUGUGAAACUCAAAAGGCCUUGUGGUUGUUUCUGUUACACCUAAUGUCUUUUAGACAAACAAUGCUCUUUCUUAAAAUGUCCCUGGACUAUGUAUUUUGAAUAUACUGUACAAUAUAAAGAUUGUCUAGGGCUGAAAUGUAACAACUGAAAAACCUCAGUUGAACCAUUUAAUUACAAUGGAUUGUAAGGUCACUCAUAGUGAAUUGUUAUUCUUAAUCAAUUGCUCCCAUGUGUGCCUUGAAAUGUUAAAUAGAUAUGAUUUUUAUAAUACAAUAUCUUGAAAACUUGUUUGCUAAAUGUUUUGGCAAAACCCAGUGGUCUAUCUAAACGAAAUAAAGUCUUAUUUUAUUGUCUGAAAUAAAACACAGGACAAAAGGA